AUGCCCGAAAUCACUUUACACACAUCGGUACUAUUCGAUCCGACAUUGAAGACGAAUCGCGACAAUGUUUCUAUCACUGUAGACACUGCUAGUGGCCUUAUUGUCAAAGUAUUCGACCGCGAUGAUGCGAAUGUACCUUUUGCGGAGAUCAUGAAAGAUGGAGAUAUUGAUUUGCGCGGGAAAUAUGUGAUGCCGGGCCUGGUAGACGCCCAUACUCAUGUUUUCUUACACUCUUAUGACGAGGCUGGCGCUCUACAACAAAAAAGAGAUGAAAGCACGACUGAAAGAGUCAUUCGUGGUGUGAACCACUGCCGGACUGCGCUCCUUGCGGGCUACACAACAUAUAGGGAUCUGGGAUCAGAAGGAAUGAAGGAAUCAGAUGCGAAUUUGCGAGAUGCCAUUGCUCGUGGAUUGACACCGGGACCCAGACUAUUUGUGGCUACCAAAGUGCUUGCCAGCACCGGCUCGUAUGAGUGCCGCACAGAGAACAGCGCCGGUGGACAUUGUGUACCAGCGGGCUGCGAUGCUGUAGACGGUGUGGAGCAAUGUCGGCAAGCCGUCAGACGACGAAUCGCGGCCGGUGCGGACAUCAUCAAGUUCUUUGCAGACUACAGACGAAGAAUCAUGAGAGCACCGCCCAAGCAACAACAUCCUUACAUCCCUGGUGUCUUGUAUCCGCCAAAAGACCCGAAUCCAGAUUAUAUGGUCUUUUCUAAGGAAGAGAUGAAUAUGAUUGUUUCCGAGGCUGCAUUGGCUGGUGCCCCUGUGUCCGCACAUUGUUGCACUCUUGAAGGAGCACUUGCUGCUAUCGAGGCAGGUGUUAAUACCAUUGAACAUGCAUAUUACACCACGGAUGAGAUGUUCAAACGUAUGGUAGAGAAGAAUGUUAUUCUUGUGCCGACGCUCGCCAUUGCCGAGAAGCUGCACGCAAAACGUUUUGAUCAAAUUCUGCACAAUGUCAAACGCGCCCACAAAUUCGGCGUUCGUUUAGCUUGCGGCGGAGAUACUGGGACAUAUUCCCAUGGUGACAACGCUAGGGAGCUGGAACUGAUGAUCGAGGCUGGUAUUCCUGUUCCGGAUGUAUUGGAAUCAUGCACUGUGGGCGGUUGGGAAGCGUGUGGAGGCGAUCUGUGUGGAAGACGAUUUGGAUGGUUUGAAGAGGGAAAUCAAGCAGAUAUUAUCGCUUUAGAUGAAGAUCCUGCACAUGUUGUUGAUGCGCUCAGAAAGGUCAACUUUGUUAUGAAGGAUGCCCAGGUGUGGAAAGCUAAAGGGCAGUCUCAAAAUAUGCCGUAA